AUGUUCAGGAGCGUACUCUGCGUCAUAACUGCUCCUCUGAUCGGAAACUUGUAUGCGGCAGGCACAAGAUCUGUGCUUUUAAUCAAUAUGUUGAUUGUAGCAUGCUAUAUUCUCUUCAUUUGUUUUUUGAAGAAAACUCAGAUCAGUAAUGGAGCUAUGAAAAACGUUUAUCGAUCACUGAUUGCUAUCAGUGGUGCGGUCGUCUUCGGCUCAUUCAGCACGACGUUAAUAAGCUCAUUUGCUGAAAUACUCAAGGUCAAGAUAGACAGAGCAGACGUGGAUCUCGUAUCAGGACUAUUCAUAAAUACUUCAUGUUCCAUUAAUUUCUUCAUUCUCUACGCUUUU